AUGCGCAUGACUUUACUAUCCUUGAUAAACAAUCCCGUCGCCUACCGCAGACUUCAGCGGGAAAUCGACGGCGCCAUAGCGGCGGGCUCAAUCAGCUCUCCCAUCACCAACUCCGAAGCUCUUAAGCUUCCGUACCUCCAAGCCGUCAUUCGCGAGGGCCUGCGAUUUUAUCCCCCAGUAACAGGACUAGGGUUCAAGCAGGUACCUGAAGGCGGCGACGUGCUCAACGGCUACUACGUUCCCGCAGGCACACAAGUCGGGCAGAACUUCUUCGGCGUCGGUCGGUCACAGUGGGUUUGGGGCCCUGACGCCGAUGUUUUCCGCCCUGAGCGAUGGCUUUCGGCGAGUGCAGAGGAGCUGAAGCAAAUGAACGCAGCCGUUGAUACACACUUCGGCCAUGGCAAGUACUCAUGCUUGGGAAAGUCCAUUGCCAUGAUGGAGCUGAACAAGGUUUUCGUCGAGCUGCUACGGAGAUAUGACUUCACUGUCAUGAACCCCGAGAAGCCCAUCAAGACUCUCAGUGCGAUCUUCUUCGUCGCUCGAGACUUUUGGGUACGGCUCACGCGUCGCUCCGCCGAGACGUGGUGA